CGGCGGCCGAGGCCGCCCCCGUGUGCGUCCCCGCGGCGCUGAGCCCGUCCCUGGCUGCUGCUUGGUGGGACAGGGCGAGUGAAGCGAUGAGGGUUGCGUUUCCGUCUUCCAAAAGGAUAAAAUUUCACGGUGCUCCUUCAGGUGUAAGAAUUUGUCUGUAUCUUUCUGGAAUUCCUAUUGGAUGCUGCCCUCUGAUGUUUGUGGAAUGAACUGCUUUUGGGAAGCUGCUUUUAGAUAUGAUUAUAUGAAAACACAUCCUUCUGAGAAAAUGCAUCUAGCAGUGGUGGCCUGUGGUGAAAGACUGGAGGAGACUGUUACUAUGUUGAGAUCAGCCAUUAUUUUCAGCAUCAAACCUCUCCAUUUUCAUAUUUUUGCUGAGGACCAGUUGCAUGAGAGUUUCAAAGACAUACUUGAAGAAUUUCCCUAUGAAGGAAAAGUUAAUUACACAUUAUAUCCAAUAACAUUUCCAUCUGAGAGUGCAGCAGAAUGGAAGAAAUUAUUUAAACCAUGUGCUUCACAAAGACUAUUUUUGCCAUUAAUCCUCAAAAAUGUGGACUCACUACUGUAUGUUGAUACUGACAUCUUGUUUUUGAGGCCUGUUGAUGAUAUUUGGUCUUUUCUGGGAAAGUUCAACUCCACACAAAUUGCUGCAAUGGCACCAGAACAUGAAGAGCCUCGUAUUGGGUGGUAUAAUCGAUUUGCUAGACAUCCCUAUUACGGAGUAACUGGAAUUAAUUCUGGAGUCAUGCUAAUGAAUAUGACACGCAUAAGAAGAAAAUAUUUCAAGAAUGAUAUGACACCAGUCCGGUUACAAUGGGGAGAAAUUCUGAUGCCACUACUGAAGAAAUACAAGCUGAACAUAACAUGGGGUGAUCAGGAUCUAUUGAACAUUAUGUUUUUUCACAAUCCAGAAAGUCUUUAUGUCUUUCCUUGCCAAUGGAAUUACCGGCCUGACCAUUGUAUCUAUGGAAGCAAUUGUAAGGCAGCUGAAGAAGAAGGUAUAUUUAUUCUUCAUGGAAAUAGAGGUGUUUACCACGAUGAUAAACAACCAACUUUUAGAGCUGUCUAUGAAGCGAUAAAAAAUUAUUCAUUUGGAGAUGACUUGGUUCAUUCGCUGCUGCAGCCCCUAGAACGGGAAUUACAGAAAACCACACACACAUACUGUGGAAGAGUAUACAAAGUAUUCAUAAAGCAGCUAACAAAAAGCAUAAGAGACUUGUAUGCCAGAAGAUCAAAGGGAAGGUGAUUUUUGACUCCUAGCUGUUGCAUCAAGAGACUGAAUUAACAUAGGUGGUCAGAAGGUGCAAGAAUUCUAUUACAGCUUGAAUGGGCUUUUAAUGUGCCCAGAAAAAAGUUUACUAGCAUACAUAAAAAUGAAGUAAAUAUUCAUGUAAUGAAGAGCAAGAACUUUUUUCUGCAACGGUGACUUUCUGGUUUUUUGAAGUUUAAUCAGUGCUAAUGUUUGUCUCAUAUCUGAUGAUUUGGGUGUUACUGGCUUCUAUGGUCAGUAAUUUUACUCUGCAUAAUUCAGUUAUCUAAUGAUAAAUGAACAAGGAAGAAAUGAAGAUGGCUCUGUUUGGGAGUGUACCUCAUAUAUUGUCUAAAAUUCUGUUAAACUGUGAAUGUAGCAAUAACUGAGUCAGCAGCACUAACCUCACUUUAAAGGUGUGAGCCUUUAUGUAAACAAAGUUGUUUACAAGUGCAGAAAAUACUCUCUUGUCAAAGAAAUGUGUUUUAAUCAUUGACAAUCUGUAUGUGCCUUUAUAUGUUCAUCUCUUACAUGUUGAAGUACUGUUUUGACAAUCUUGUUUUGUUUAUCUCAGAUGUAAACUGCACACUAUAAAUACGAUUUUCUGAGAAAUUAAUGACUAGUAUGUGAUACUAGCUUUCUCUGUUAGUAAAUACAGAGACGUUAUAUUAAAAAUAAUUUGUUUCAACAUUUUAGAGCCAUUAGCACCAAAAGGUAGAGCAGAACUGAGGGGGUUUAAGUAAAAAUCCAGUUUGAAGUUGCUUGUCAUACAACACUUCAAAAAAAUUUCAUGGUUUUGCAGCUUUAUACUAUAGGGCAUUUUGAAAAUAGAAAAAAAGCCCAGUGGUGGAAAGGUGUUGCUGUUGUAUUUCCAUACUAGGAAUUAUUACCUGAUGAUUGUUAUAGAGUAUGUAGUACCUAAAAGUGAAUACUGUAGUAAGAGUUCUGAUAUUCAGACUGUGUAGUAGAUGGGGUUUUUUUUAGAGACUGUUUCCUGUUAUAACAUCUUUUUUUAAUAAAUGGCUUUAAAAUAGUUUUGGGGCAGACCCUCAACUACAUGAACGCAUUACUGUCAAUAGGGUGAUAGUGAUUUGCAACAGGAAAGGAUUAGAUUUCCUCCAAUUAUCUUAGUGAAAAAAAAAUAAAAACUUCUGUUUAAGUAAUAAAAACUUUUUCUCCAGAGAAAACCAUGAAGAAAAGGGCUGAAUUCUAGUGUUACAGUAAAAUAUUUAAACUUGCAUGGUAUGAAAUGUAUUUGUAAAACAUAUAUGAACUUAGAUAACCUGUCUAAGUGAGGAAGUCUUCAUAAAGUGAGCUUUUGGAUUCCAGGACAGUUCCUGUGUGUUGAACAUGGAGGAUCCACUCACUGACUUGCACCUUCAUCCCAACCCCAUUUUAGAAGCUUAGUUUUUGUACCUGUUUUCUUGUUAAAUAUAGACUGGCUCUGACUUCCAGAUCCAUGUGAGUUGGACAAAUGCAUUAGCAGUACAAGAACACACUCCACUGUCAGCAGAAUUUGUAUCCUGCUUCUAAUUUCCCUGCGGGCUCAGGGUAUAAAUUUUUGGGAUGGAAUCUAGGAAGCAGUCUGCCUCUCAUGUAGGUCUCUUCUCCUUGCUGUGUAACCUUUUGAAGCCUGAAAAUGUAGAAAUCUCUGUGAAAGUGAAUACUGUAACUGACUGAUUUUACAAUAUGCAGUGCAUUAUUUUUUUACAUAAAUACUGAUUUUUGUAUCAAUUUGUCUUCAGCUUUUCUUUUUACUUGUACUAUGUGUUUAUAUUUAAAAAAAUCUUUCGACUUGUUUUUAUGUUUGUCUUUUAUAGAAACUUUCAGUUUUGAAUUUAUUUUUAGUGUUUUGCAGACAUGUCAAGAUACUCUUAAAACCCAAUGGACCAUUAAGAAAAAAAGGGUAAUGUGGACCUUAGCAGCAAUCUUUCCACUUAAAUUUCAAAUUUUAUGGGGCAGUAGAACAAAAAGAAUUAAUAUUGAUGCUUAUUGUAGCACAAAAAUUCUUACGUUGUGCUUAUAACUAGAAAUAUUUACUUACCAUAUUACAAAUAGCAAAAUAUGGCCUUAUGCCAUAGGUUUUGAUUAAUUUUUUAAAUAGAAAUGAAAACUGCUCAUCUCAGUUCACCUCAAGGUAACACUCAUGAACACUUUAGAAAAAUUUUUAAAAAAGCAAGAAGCUUCUAUUAAGUAAUUUUGCAGAGUAUUUGUCUGUUUCAAUACAUUUUUAGUUCUCUAAUCCCUGUGUUUUAAAUUUAGGCAAACAACCUCCCUUUACAAACAAAAACCAAGAUAUGGUAUGUAAGGAAAACAUUUAGAGACACUAAAAAGACUGGGAAUCCAGAUAACGUGAUAGAAACCAGUUAUGCUCCCAAACAUUUGGAUACCCGAUUUGUAGGUUAGAUGCUUAGAAGUGUAGAGCUUACAUCUAGCUUGGGAAUUCUUAUUGCUCUCUAGUUGUACAAACACUGCAUUUUCUACAAACAUAGUGAGUACUAAGAAAUUACAGACCUUUAGGAAUCAAAUUUUUAAUUAUUUGUUAUAAAGUUAUUGUAAAGUGUGAAGUUUGAUAGAAAAAUGCAAACAUCAGGAAAUAUACAUUCAGUUUAACUGAAGAUAAAUCUGUCUCCCUCAUGCUUGAUUAGUCUCUAUGUCAUGGUACCAUUAUUCUGUCUCUUCUAAAGGGAUCACAGUCUCAUGGUAAAGAGAUCUGUGUGAAGAUGUUAAUAUCUUAUCUGGAUGAACUUCUGUCACUCUUUGUAGACAGUAUGAAAAGCAAGCUAUCCCUUCAUGGGACUGGAACAUCCUUGUGUGUGGUGCUUGUGCCACUGCCAGUUACUAAGGCUGCAUGAGCCUUAUGAACAUGUCUGUCCAGUUAUUUGUAGUUUUGCCAAAUUUUUUCUGUGCUGAUUUUUAUUGCCAGUUGCAUUGGUUUUGGUAACCUUUUGGUUUAAGCUUAGAAUGAUUAAGAAAACAGGUUUAGGGAGGGGGGGAAUAUUUUUUAUUAUUCUUAUUUUAAACAUAUUUUAAAAGAGUAUGGAGUUGCCUUGUGCUGGUUUUGACCUAAAUUUGUUCAAGUUGUAAACUUCUGGCAACCUGCUGAUUGGAAGACUGAGCUGUCAGUGUAUUUCUUGAUUUGUACCAGAUUUCUGUCCAUACCAGACAUACUCUGACCAUUCAGCCUUUCCACACUUCCACCUGUACACUUUACAUAACAUGAUGACUAAGAAGUCAGCUGUCCUUCUUUUCCUCCUCACAAAUCAUACUUCCUAUCUACACAACAUGAAAAGAAAGUAGCUACAAUCUAGUGGUGGAAGGAGGAUUUGGUCUGGGUCUGCUUGGAAGGUUUAGAGGCAGAACAUGCAAGAGCUGAAGGUGUAUUGUGUUAGCUGUAUGUGCAUUCUUGGGCUCUUUUUUUAGUGGAAAUAACAAUGAAUUUCUGCUGCUUAUUAACUCACUUUUACGGCUGUCGUGGUGUUUCUGGCAGACCAAAUGGGGUGAAACUGAGCACUAACUUCUGCUUAUCUGUAGGAAAACACUAGACUUCUGGUUUCUUCUGCCUGGUUUAUAAAGAUGCCUCCAAAUGCAUAGGCAUAUGUAGAAUUUCUACUUCUUAGAAGGCUUAAGUUAUUUUUCAUUGUUUUCUGAUUCAAAUGGAAGGAUUUUCAACUAGCAAACAGGUUUAACAGUAACCAUUUAUUGGCAGUAUGGCUUUUUUUUUUUUUUACUUGACUAAGUGGAAUAUUCAUGUAUAAUUAAAAUGAAUGUAUAGGCUUUUUGUCCAGAUCUUUUUAGUAAAUUAUCAGCUUUGGAGUAGUAACUAUUUUAACAUUCUCUCUCAUAAUAUCUAAUGUGAUUAUGAUAGUUAUUGUGGCUUUCCUGCCCACUUUGCUAUUUUGUGAAUGGAUGGCAUUUGAAAUGCCCCCAGUGAUUUUUUGUGUUAAAAUAAGUUGCAGAGAACUGUAAUGUGAAUGUGUGACUUCUAUUUGCAGAAAGUGGAUUCUGCUGUAGCAGGGACAGUAGAAGCAGGAAGUAGUGGGAAGGUACUUCUCAUCACCAUGGAUCUUCUGAAAGAUCUUGUAUCUAUCUUAUGGCAUUUUUGCUGUCAGUCUGAGCAUUUUUCUAUGCACAGGAACGUAGAAGUGAUUUUUCUGUUUUAUUUCUCAUCUCUUUGAAUAUCUUCUGUUUCUUUUUUGGAAGUUCAGUUUUGUCCAGCUGCAUUUUUCUGUAUAUUUGAGAGGAAUAACUGAAAUUCCUACAGAGUUUUGCACAAAUAACAGCUAAGUUAUUUACUCAAGUUGUCCAAGUGGGCAAAGCAUGAAGCCAGCGAGUAAAAAAAUAACUAAACAUGAGUGUAUGCACCACAGGAAAACAAAAAAUGUUUGAUCUUUUUAACACUACAGAGAAACAUUUGACAACAUGCUCUCUGUAUUCAACUGCCAAAUCUUAAGUAAUGCAGGAUAAUUUCCUAUAGAAAUGCAGGUUACCUCACAGUUGCAUUUUAGUCCUAGUAGAGUAUUCAAAACUAUUACUCAGGUUUCAAAACAGAAGAUGUUUACAGAAGUAAUAGUGAAUUUUCCACUUCAGGAAGUGAGGAGGAAAUCUCAUUUUAAAGUAGUUCUCAAAAUCCCUCUCUUUGUAACCAUUUAGUGGAUCUAUAUAAGAGCAGCUUGUCCUGCAAACUUGUCAUGAAAUUUAAGAUAUGUUGGUCUCCUAUCUUUUUUCAAGCCUUCGUAGGCCUAUUAAAAAUUUAAGUUUCUUGAAGGAAUAUUGAGUAAUUGGAAAUUCUUAUGUUAAAAUUCAGUUGUGUCUCUUCAGUUUUGUGGUUGCUUUAUGCACAGCUGCAGUCAAUUCUUGAGAGAGUCCUCAUUUAAACUUAUGAAUGUGCAUCUUCCUGUAUAUUUGCUUGCAAAUUUCUGCAAGGCUUCUUUAUGCUCCCUUCUGCCUUUUCCCUGCACUGCUUUUAAAAGAUAAUCACUAAGCUCUUCAUUCAUUUGAAUGCUUAUAAAAAUUGCAGGAGGUAUUAUUAGAGGUCUCUUUGCAGAAAUCUGUAAUUAAAGGAGGACCUGUAUUCCUGCUGUGGUUGGGGUUUAUUUUUUCUUUUUCUUCAGACUGCUAUUUGAUGAUGUUCAGGUAGGAGGAAGUUUGCAGCCAUUACUAAAGUCAUUAUGUUGUUUGAGUGAUCAUCUGGUAGUUUCUUCCCUGAAUGUCUACAAAAAUGUCAUGUGGAUUUUAAAUGCUUCUCCUAUAUCUGGGUGCCACCUUAGUUGCACAAACUAAGGACCCAGUCUAUUCCCACUUACAGGUCAUAAAAUCAUAGAAUGUAAGUUGGAAGGGACCUUAAAGCUCAUCUAGUUCCAACCCCUUCUCCUGGACAGGGACACCUCCCACUGCACCAGGUUGUUCAAAGCCACAUAUAGCCUGGCCUUGAACAUAUCCAGGGAUGGGGCAUCUACAACUGCUCUGGGCAUGUUCCAGCAUGUCACCAUCUUCACAGUAAAGAAUUCUUUCUGUUAUACCUAAUCUAAACCUUCCCUCUUCCAGUUUAAAGCCAUUCCCUUAUCCUGUCACUAAAGCCUUUGUAAAUAGUCCCUCUCUUGUAGGCCCCUUCAGGUACUGGCAGGCUGCUCUAAGGUGUCCAUUUUUUAUUUAAUUUCCUUGUUUUAGUUUCGAGCUAAUCCAUAGGAAUAAAAUAGAGGGAUAACAAGGAAUGCACAAUUUUUCACAACAGGAGAUAGAUAACUACAGAUUUCUGAGAUAUAGUUAACAAUUUUGAAAUAGUUCUCUAUCCUUGAAUCUAAUUUCUGAUUUGGUGGAUGUGAGGAUUAGUGUCCUGUGUUCAUCAAAUGAUUGGACUUUUCCCUGUGUCAACCCCUUAUGUGGAGGGAUGAGCAGAUAAUUCUUAAAAGACUGAUUCCUUGUUUACUGUGAAUUUCAAGGAAAAGAACUAUAACUUGUCACUGUAGAUCCUUAGUAUCAUCCUAUCUAAACUCUCUGAAAUAGGAAUAACUGCUCCCUUGCUGCUGUACUGUUGUAUUGGUUUUAUUUGUUUCUUAAUGGCCAUGCUAAAAGGGGAGGAGAAAUGAUGCAGUUAUUUGCAUCUCCUUGUUGGUUCCUGGCCUGUUGUCUUUGAAUUGCACAUAACCUUAAAAACCAACAACUAAACCCAAUGUCAAAAUCUGGGUCAAAGCCAGAGAUGAGCACUUUGACACCCUCAUUUAGGAACAUGGGUUGUGGGCCAUACUCAUAGAUUAGACAACAGGACAGUUUCCUUGUUCUGUUUUACCAAAACAUAUCUACAAAAGCAGGACUUCUCAAGUCUGAUACACUUGUUGCUCUUUUAAGAAUGCCAAACUUCUAAAAUACAGGCAUGUUAUAUUCUGAAAGUGUGUUAGAAGCCUUUAAGCAUAAAGUCUGUAAGUGUUAUGACUACUUUUCAAGGUACCUGUUGAUAUUGAAAUAGUUGAUAGUGAUAUAGUCUCACUAUAGUGUUGAUAGUGAAAUAUUCUCACUCAAAUUCCCCUUCCCUCUUUUCCACAGAUAAUUUAUUGAUUUGUUUGUCUCCUUAGAGCAAAGGAAAAAUUUGGGAGUUUGCUUUGAUAAAUGUUCGCUUGAAACCAAGCCAAAUUUUGCAAGGGGAGAAAAGCGAGUGUGAAGUUUGUUUGCUAGGGGUUGUUUCUGCGCUUCAGACGCCUCUAAGGCCACAGAGUGCAAACUUGGGGCUUACCUGUGCCUUUCUCACCACUUGGAGAAGUGCUGCUAGAUUGUGCUGUCUUUAAUUUUCUCAUUAUUGGCAUUGAACACUGAUAGCUAAAAAUGCUGUUUUGUGCCUUCCUAAGUGGCCUUUCUACUUUAUGAAGCUUGUGUUAAAUUAUUAAACUGAGAUGAGCAAUUUAUUAUAAUUUUCUACUACCUUCAUAUUCUGGGAGAUCACUUUCCCUCCUGUUCUUCCUUUGGGUCAUUUAAUAUCAUACCCUCAUUUUCAGAAUUAUAAUCUGGGUACAGCAGAUCCAUUUCUUCCUCUGUGUCUUAUGAAUGUUAAUGUUCUGCCAGUCAUUUCUGUACACAUUUUACUAGAGUAAUUCACAUUAAAUCAAUCUGUAAUAUUUAUAAGAAUAGCUUUGGAAUACAAAAGUAGAUGUAGAAGUUAUCCUAAAAUGCAGAUCUUUGUGGCUGAAUUAAGGAGUAUUUGGGGCAUGAUUUUUUUGGCUUCCAAGAAAAUUAAAGCCGCUAAAGAUUUAAGACUAGGAAAUCAAAUUUAGUUAAAGCUGGUGUUUUAGCCUUAUAAUGCUGACCUGACCUACUGUAUCUCACUGAACAGCUGGUGUGUAAGAAUUGCUGCUUGCCUAUUGGAUUUCAUGAAACUUCUGUCAAGUAUUCAAUGCAGUUCUGACUAGUCGCUGGUAUUGCUAUUUUUUAAAUGUUAAAAAAAUUUUCUAUGUUUUACUUUAUUCUUUUGAUUUACAUUUUUAUGCCAUGGAUAGUAUUAUUCAAGGUGAAUUUGAGCUGCAGAUCUAAGCCCAAGAAAUAAAAACCCCAA